GAGAGGAGCAGAGAGGACACAGAGAACCAAUCGCCAUAAGACAAGAUCCGCAGCUGUAGGACGUAUCCGCGUAACUCCGCUCCGCGCUCCCCAGUUGACUUUGUGGCAAUCCAAGUUGUGAAGCUCCUGCGCCCCCGAAUUUCUUGCUCCUUUCCCUCCAGAGCAAAGCUCAGUUGUUCCUCUAUGUACAAAAUGGAUUAUUCUUACCUCAACUCGUAUGACUCGUGUAUGGCGGCCAUGGAAGCCUCCGCCUAUGCGGAUUUCAGCUCGUGCAGUCAGCCCAACAGCUUCCAGUACAAUCCCAUCAGGAGCAGCUUUGGGGCCAACCCGGCCUGCCCCCCACUCACUACUGCCAACUGCACCCUGGGGGCCCUCAGAGACCAUCAGCCUUCUCCUUACUCUACAGUUCCCUACAAGUUCUUCUCAGACCCAUCAGGCAUUAACGAGAAGAGGAAGCAGAGGAGGAUCCGGACCACCUUCACCAGCUCCCAACUCAAAGAGCUUGAGAGGGUAUUUGCCGAGACUCACUACCCCGACAUCUACACCCGAGAGGAGCUGGCACUCAAGAUCGACCUGACGGAGGCCCGUGUCCAGGUCUGGUUCCAGAAUCGACGGGCCAAGUUCCGCAAGCAGGAGAGGGCAACCAACUCCAAGGGUGGAAGUUCCAACAAUGGAGGAUCUGGCAAUAAGAAGUCCGAUGGACGUUCCUCUUCAGAAGACGAUGAAUCCAAGGAGUCCAACUGCAGUCCAACCCCAGACAGUACUGCUUCUCUGCCCACCGCGGGCAACCUCAAUAGCCCUGGGGGAAGCUUGAGCCCCAGCCCUGGUGCAGCUUCAGGCCUUGUGCCAACCCACACGGUGCAGACCCUCAAGGGCCCAGUCUGGCCUGGAGUCCCAAGUAGCAGCAGCACCAGCACAGCUGAGCUCCUCAAAGCCUGGCAACCAGCCGACGCAGUGCCUGGCCCAUUUGCUGGUGUCCUCUCCACAUUUCAUAGAAAGCCCAAUACCCUGAAGGCAAAUCUGUUUUAAGCCCUACUGUGCCCGUCAGGUACAUCCCAAGCAAGGAAAGAACAGAGACAUAUGGCAGCAGCCAGUAAGAAUCAGUAA